AUGGACCGGACCGUCAUCACUGUGAGGCAAUCCUCGGGGCGCAAAGAUCAACUGCGACGGCGCGCGCUGGUGGACGGCAAGGGCGGCACCGGCGGCAAGAAGAAGCCCAAGCUCUCCAAGGCGCAGAAGCUGAACAAGUCCAGCAGUACGGGGCUGCAGAUCUAUAAUAUCCCCGUGCACGGGUUCAGUAUCCAGGCGGACCAUCUGACGCAAGGGGCACAAUACCGAUAUGCUCAUGUGUCCAGCACAUCACCUUCAAAAAACGAUUACUGCAAUGGCGACUACGGCCUCUCGAUUGGAUCUGUCGGCGGCCGAUCCAACACGGUUAAGGACGUAACCAUGUCCAACACGCAGGUGGUCAACAGUCAGAAGUAG